AUGAUCGUUGUCUCCGUCGAGUACCGCCGUGCCCCGGAGCACCCGCUCCCCGCGGCCUACGACGACGCGUGGGCCACGUUGCGCUGUGCCGCGGCGCGCGUCGACCGGUGGCUCGCCGAGCGCGGCAACCUCGCGCGCGUCUUCCUCGGCGGGGACAGCGCCGGGGCGAACAUCGCCCACAACGUCGCCAUGAGGGUCGCCACCGAGGGUUUAGGGGUCAAGAUCGAGGGCUCGAUCCUGAUCCACCCGGUUCUGGGGGGAGAAAGAGAUCGGGGUGGAGGAGGCGGAGAGGAGGAGGGGGAAGAUGAAGGCGUUUUGGGAGGUGGUGAGCCCUGGGACGGAGGUGGCGAAGGAUCCGAGGUUGAAUCCCAUGGCGGAUGGGAAAGAGGAGAGGUUGAGGACGCUCGAGUGCGAGAGGGUGAUGGUGGCGGUGGAGGAGAAGGACGCGUUGAGGGAGAGAGGGAGGGAGUAUUACGAGGGGUUGAAGCGGAGUGGGCUUGA